GUUGUUAAACCCGGAGGCAGUAUGACAGCGUUUUCUUCGGAACCCAAUUUCUCCCCGACCCGCGUUCUGACAUCUGGAGCAGGAGGGAAGUCAAGAAUUCUCACAGUCCAGUCGGAACAAAACUUCCCGGCCGAAUGUACUGCGCAUGUGUUUUCCUUCUUGAACCUCCAUGACAUUCUUCGGCUAGGUUUGUGCUCUGUUGGGACGUUGAAAGAAACCCUGCCAACCAUUUACACUCGUCGGCAGCAGAUGAAACAACGAUACGCUUAUGCUCGGAAUUGGAAAAAUCUGGGCAUCGAAACAAGCAAACAAAUAGGUCAGCUCGACAACGUCAAACUUCAGUGUACCAACACAGACUGGAUUCCUAUUCCCACCGUUGAAGAAAGAGUUGAUCAACUUUUUAAAUGCCUCUGCUCAUCGCAUCCGCAGUUUUCUCAUGUAUCGGAACUUCGACUUGAUCUCCGAGUCAAUUUUGAGGCUCAACUCACUCUCGUCUGUAAACAGACGAAGAAACUGGUAUUUGAGGACAUAUUUAUGUUGCUUCGUCGGCUCACGCGCAGUCCUCGACUUCAUUCGGAGAUUUUGGUUCAUGCCAUUCAUUCGAACCCUCUUGACAAGGAAAGCGAGGACUCAAACUUGCUCAGUCACUAUAUAGGAGAUGUGCUAUCGGUCACCUACUUGAUGAGUCAAAGCCAUCUCCGCAUUGUCGAAGGCGGGCCAACCAAUGCCACGUUCCUGAAGAAUCUACGUCGUCUUCCUAAGGGGGACUCAUGCUAUAGAUCCUGGGUCUACAUGCACAGCAGUAUUCUACUGUGCAAGUCUUUUUCUGAUGAACAACGAAAGCGACUCGGCACUCCGGAAUUCUCAGGACUAUCCGAAAUGAUCCCUACUGAUUUAUACAUCAAUGAUCUCUUCCUUUCCUCUGUCCUUACACUUGUCUUUAAUGAAUUUGGCCCACUAGGUCCUGCUUUUCGGGGACGCGAUCUCGUCCGCCAUGCCGACAUCCCGGGCCGGGCUUUGUUCGCCUUCUGGAUGGGCAAUGAGCAAGGCGAGACGGCCACUAACGCGCUAGAAUGGAUGAUGCUUGUGCACGAGCAAUCGCGCAAAGCUCGACCCAUGACGGUACGAGCACCGGUGAAACGGAACUACUAUUGGAAUAAUGACAAUGCUGAGCUAUGGUGGAAGUCCAAGCGCGGACUUGGGCGGGCUUCGAAUUUUCAAGCGCGCCCUAAAACAAUGUCGACACCUCUAUUGAGCAGAAUCAAUCGCCCAGGAGGACACGGGAAAAUCACCAAACUACACUGUAGCGAGGACGGCGUUGUGGACAGCUUAGAUGUCAAAUACACAGUUUCUGGCGGAUUUGAUACGUCUUUGGACCCCGAUCUAGUGAAGAUCUACGAAGAACUUGAUCGAAGCGGUCGUAAACGUCGCUCGAGAGAAGUAUUUACGGUAUCAGGGAAUAAGGAAAAUUUGAAAGGGAAAAAAGCUGAGAAAACGAAAAAGACCAAGAGAGAUUCCUUCAGUACUCCUGGGACUCAACAGAGCGACGCAAGGAAGCCCAGCUGCAAACGAAUUCGGAAAUUGACUAAGACUUCCAAGCGAAAAACUUUGGUGCCGGUUCCGGUUACCGAUGACAAUAGCAACACACCACACGGAAAGGACCCCGUGCCUAAAUCGAUUUCGUUCCGUCCUCAACCUGCCUUAAUUGUGUCUCCCUUACCUCUGGAAGGAUCUGACAGUCUGCCCCAACGAACUUAUAUGUUGUCUAAUUCGAAGCAGCUCCAAGACGAAUCUCCGAUUUCGAAGUUGUCCGUCGACAGCUCGGGUGACGGAGAAGCCGACGUGCAGCAGACGAUCCUAAGACUAAGCCCCCGAAGUCGAGCUCUUCCUACAACUUUACGCAGCAACCAAAAUUCGAGGGCCGAAAAAGUAGUCGCACAUCCAGACAAACGGCCAAAGCUUUUGAUCCAGCGCGCGGCUAAUUUUAGCAAGCCUCUUCGGAAAGUUUACGAUGACCAAGUCCAAGACGCGAAGAAGUUUGUUUCGGAACUUGUUCAAGUGAAUGCAGAAGAAACCUUCACAAAAAACUCGCCAACAGAAAACCCAGAGAAGACCGAAAAGCGAUCUCUCUUCUUUGCAAAACUAACUGAUUUGUUGCAAAGCAACGACGGUAUGGUUGCGCGUGACGCGCUGCUGCAAGAAAUACAAGGCGUCAGGCCGGUAGAACGGUUCUCGUCUGCAGAGGUGGAAGAAUACAUUGCCGCUCUCGUCGACGACAACAAGGUAAUGCAAAGCGAUGGUCUCCUUUUUAUGAUCUAGUUUGGUACGAAUAUAGCUUACAACGAUAGCUUCCAACGUUACCAGC